UUCGUUAUCUGUUGUGGCUUGUGGUAAAUUAUUUCAUAAGACUUUUCACAAAGAACAUCUAAUUCUUGAACUUAGUGAAAUCUUUGGCAUUGUAUAUGUGGUUGUAUGUUGUAUGUGGUUGUAUGUGGUUUGUAUGUUGUGGUGACUGGUGACUAGCCUCACUGACUGGUGUGUAAACUUUACAUGAUUGAUAAUGAUACGCAUACUAGUAUACUAGUUACUACUACUACUACUAGUUACUACUGUACUGUCAUUGAUACUGAAGUAGGCCUAGUAUCUAUAAAAUGCAUAUCGUUGGUAUAUAUGUAUAUGAGUUUUUGCCUCAGGCUCAAGAUAAUGCUCAGGCUUCAUAUAACGUUUGCAGUUGUGCACUCUUCACUUCAGUUAUUGUACCUAAUUAUUGCAAUCCCACUCACUGACUCAGUCAAUGUUGAACUUGCAGCUCUAGUCUAGUAAGCCUACUAGUAGUAGUACUAGUAGUAGUGCCUAUGUUUCAAAUGCUUAUAAUUUAAGGUAGUGUAUCUGCAUGUCGCUCGACUCGUAUACUGCUGUCGGUGUACCCUUUGCUCCGGCCGUUGCAGUCUUCCAAAGAGAGAAUCAGUGCCUUGUGAAAUACAAGAGAAGGACCCCAAGGUACAAGAUACAAUUUCAGUUUGGACUGAUUUCAACCAGCUUCCACCGUAAUCAUGAAGGCCAGAGAAUAGACAUGAGAAAAGAUCUUGCUGUAUAGUGCUGAAGGAUGAAAGCUGAGGACGAUGUUGACGUAACCAUUUCUAAGACUUUGUCGAAGGAGGAGCUUGAAAAAAUGAUGACAUCACGGUUGGUUGAGACAGUCUCAAUCAACUACGAUGAUUUCAGCGAGAGCUUUCUCACCUGCGGAACUUGCAUGUGCACCUACGACUCACAGGAGCACAUACCCAAGCUCCUCCCCUGUUCUCACACCGUGUGCAGGCUGUGUUUGGAGCGGAUCGUUGAAGCACAAACACGUGACACGGCUUCCAUCCGGUGCCCAAUCUGUCGUGACGUCAUACAGAUUCCACGCGGCGGCGUCGCCACCUUUCCACCGAGCUUUCUGGUGAACCAGCUAAUGGAUCUCAUGGCGCGGCAGAGACGCGACAUCAUCCCCAAGUGUUCUAUACAUUCCUCGCAGGAGCUGCUCUUCUGUGAGACGUGCGACAUCGUGUUCUGCACAGUCUGCACAGGUGGCACGCACUGUGGUGGAAAUCAUGAGCAUACUGUGAUACCUUUUUCAAUUGCAAUCAAGCGAAUGUCAGAGAUUCUGCUACAUAAGGCUAACAGGUGCUUAGUGAAUUUAACGAGAGCCCAGGAUAAUGUAACUGAAGAAAUGCGAAAGCUUGAUGCCAACGUUGAUCGUACAUUCGAGCUUGUCAACAGGUCGUUUCAGGACCUCAUCGGGCUGCUGGAGAGGCGGCGGCACGAGGUACUGCAGCAUCUGCAGUCUGUGCGCGACGAGAAGCGCAAGGUGCUACGCGAGCAGCUCGACAUCAUCCAGGGCGAGAAGGACCAGGUGGAGAGAGACUGCGGCGGCCUUCACUACCAGGUGGAGGUGCGCAACAUCACGAAGAAGAUCAGCGACCUGAACGAGAAGCUGGACGCGACGACGACGCUCAUCGAGCCGCGCGAGAACGCGUUCGUGCGCUACGAGCACAAGCACAACGCCGCGAUCGCCAACGUCGAGCACGCGCUGCGCGACUUUGGCCGCGUGCGCGUCUCGAAGACGUUCCCGGCGCUGUGCACGGCGCGAUACGACGCGCUCGCCGUCACGCACCUCGAGUGGCUCGUGCGCGUCGGCGCCGUCGACUACCACGGCGACGUGCAGACGGAGGGCGGCGACCCGCUGUUUGUCGACAUGCGCAACGAGACGGGCGACCGCGUCGAGGCGCGCGUCCGCGACAGCAACGACGGCUCGUACACGGUGCGCUACACGCCGCACCUGGAGGGAACCUACAAGCUGUUCAUCAGUAUCUUCGAUCGGCCGAUCCGCGGCAGUCCGUUCAAGAUCGACGUCACCGAGACGAACAACCCGGUGCUGCAGUGCGGCGACCGCGGCUCGGGCGAGCACAGCUUCAUCCAGCCCGUCGGCAUCGCCGUCCAUCAGACGGGCAACAUCUACGUCACCGACACAGGCAACAGUCGCAUUAAGGUGCUCACAGACGAGCUACACUUUCUGAAGCACAUCGCGUCGGAGGGCCUUAGAAGUCAGAGCGCGACUGGCAUCGCGAUUACUCCCUCUCAGAAUCUUGUCGUCGUCAACUGGCGAACGAAGCAGGUCACGGAAAUUACACCGGACGGCAAGCAGAGGCUGCAGUUCACGUGUGCGGACUUCAUCGAGCCGGUCUGUGUCGCCGUGAACUCCCGCGGCGAGGUCGUCGUCGGCGACUCCGGCGCGCACAAAGUGUUCAUCUUCGACGCGACGGGGAAGCUGCUGCGACGCAUCGGCUCGACGAAGGGCGAGGACCCGGGUCAGUUCAGCCUCAUCGCCGCCCUCGCGAUCGGCGCCAACGACGACGUCGUCGUCGCCGACUCCCGCCUGCAGAUUUUCGGCCGGUCCGGAAAGUUCAACCGGGAGAUCUACCCCGAGGGCAAGGGCAAGGGUCAGUACGGGGGCAUCGUCGUGGACAGGGACCAGCGCGUGCUCGUGACACGGUCGGAGCGUGGCCGCAACUUCGUGCAGCUGUUCACGUACAGCGGCAAGCCGCUGUUCCAGAUCGACAGUCUCGACGCGAAGCUGAAGAGGCCAGCGGGCUUGGCUGUCACGCACGACCACCAUGUGGUCAUCGUCGACCUAGGCAAUGACUGUGUAAAGAAAUACCGCUACAAGUAGCGCAUCUACUAGAGAGGCCGUCCCGUGCGGGUGGCAACUGCUAGGACGUCUGCUAUUAUUUUUGAAUAAAAAUUAUCAAUACGUUAUCAUAGGAGUGCUGUUCCUAUUCAUCAUAGGCUAUUGCAAAUGUAAACGUUUUUUGGUGACCAUCCAAUAUGUAAUUUCCUUGGGAUCAAAUUCAAAAUGUCUCCGAGGUUAUAAUUGAGGAAAAUGUUUGGGCUGGCGUGUGGUCAUAUUUUUGGUUUGUAUCAAAGAUAUCACUAAUUAGCCAGUGUGUUAAUUACUAACAGACACUUAUCCAGGUUUUAGAUUUUGUUAACAAUAUUAUUCUUCUGUAGUGGGUGGAUAAAUUGUAAUGUUUAAUAUUAAUUACAAAAAUUAAACAGUUACGCUUGUUCAACUUUUAACUUCAACUUGAAACGCGAGUCAUGUUACUCGAAUUAUAUCACUCAACGUACAGUCAACAUCUAAGUAUUUGUAGCCAUAUAAUAAAGACCACAAUAAUAGUUCUUGCUAAAUCAGAGUUCAGCCAAAUCCUAAUAGUAUUAUGUAGGUAGGCUAGUUAAUUAUGACACAAGGUUUUGAUGCUGUGACACGGGUGACAAAACUUUACACAUUUUUUAUCAUCAUUUAAGUAUUUCUUAGUCUACAUCUGUCUGUACUCCGUGCUGGUAUUAUGUUUGUUGAAUUUGUAUCAAAGUGCUUGUCUUUUGGAGCCCAGUUAGCAUGUGUAAGUUUCCUGUAUAGUAGGCGUUUACUAUAUUUAAACACGGCUUGCAUAACAUUGUAUCAAAACAUUUACUCACAUAGUUCUACAGUCUACUUUAUGUUUUAGCAAUCUUAAUGGUAUCUCAGGAAUUGAGUAGGAAAAUGCGUGGCUGUGCCAUACUCCAUGUAGAGAUUUGUGUAGAAUUGUGACUAUGAAUCAAUAUGAUCGUUUCGUGAACCCCGGUUUAUCUGAUACAUUGCCCUUUAACGCUGUAAUGGUGCGAGAACGAGGGUUUCCGCUAUAUGUCUAGUCACUGUAGCUGGUUGAAGUGGUGCCUUUUGAACAACGGGCAAAAAUGUGAGAACUUCUCAUAGCAAUCCAUUUUAAUUACAUAAUUUCGAUUGUGCGGUAUACUUGGCAAGAUAGAUUGGUAUGCUAAUGUUGCUAUGAUAUACAGUUUUGUUUAUCUGUCAACCAUAUUAAAACGGCACGAAUUCUAUCUUACCAUCAAUACUGUUGUGUAUGCUUUAUAAUCCAAAAAACAAUACACUGCGUAUCUGUAACCCGUAAGGUGUGUUUGGAAAAUAGGUAGCAAUGGGGAGCAGGUUUGGUGACAUGUGAUUAUAGGCUAUUGGUGACUCUGAUCAAAUUGAAUCAAUUUCCAAAUUCUUCACAGUGUUCUGUUUCUCAUGAAUAAAGAGAUGUUAUCGACACAAAUGACGAGUCAUCCAUAAUUGCAAGUUUCUUUCCCUCAACGAUAACCAGGUUUUAUGUCAAAAGUCAGAACCUAAUGUCGAUACGAGCUGGAUGCACAUAGUUAAGUGGCAACACAGUCCGCAACUACUGUGGAAUGUUAUGCAGCAAUCACAUCUGUUAUUUUGCUUCCCUUCGUGUUUUGUGCUGUACAUACGAAUGUACCUAACCAUCUAUUAAGUUAUCGUCACAUAGUUUCUUACAUACAUGAGAACAUGUAAUUUAUUAUCAAUAAAACCAUUCAUUUAUGCCA